CAUGUUUGUUUCUCAACAGGUGUUAAACAACACAUAAAAAGGAGUGAAUCAGACCACAGAACAAUGUCUGCAGCUCAGAGGAUUAGUGAUGUUGAAAAUCUGGUGAAUCCUAUGAGAAACGCUCUUUGCAGUCAGAAGUAUAAACCCAUUGACUACAAACGUCUAUGUGAACUCACUGCAACAGAAAAAAUGGCAUCCACAAAAAUUCAAUUAAAGAUCAAAAAAAUGGAGCAAAUUUCAAAAAUUAACAAAGAGCAAAUGCUACUGAAACAGCACCGCCGAGUGUGGUGGCGAGAGUAUAAAAGACUUAGUGAGAGCAGGGAAAAAGCAGAAGCAGAAAUACAGGCUCUUCUUGAUGAAGGAAUUCAUAAGUAUGACUUUUUUUUGGAUAUAUGGGACUUGGAGCAUGAAUUGUCACAGGAGCGGGAUGCUUACCAGACUGAUACUGUGGCUCCCGUCUGGCAACUAAGAGAGAAUUUGAAGUUCUGGCUGUCUGAAAUGCAGCAUUACCUCACAGAAGACUCAUCUCUGAAAAACAAAUUCGGUCUAGCUGAGAAGUUACAGCAGAUCGAAUCUGUGAAGAAACAACGGAAAACAAUUUUGGAAUUUCUCAACCUUGAAAGUCUGGCUUUGGAAAGAGAGCUUCGAGACUACAAAAUAGAAGCCAUAGUGCAUGAUUUUGGAGAGAAAAAUGGACUUUUCCAUGAAGUUCCUUCAGAUCUACUGUCUUUGAAGUUCCCUUAUCCAGACUUGAGGAGCUUUGUUAUCAACGAAUACCGUAAGCUUGCUAAUGAAUACUGGUCUCAGCUGCAAGAGAUUGAUCAACAGCUAAACGUCAUAUAUAGGAACACUGACUGGAAGGAAGAAGAUCGGUGGGUUUUUCAGACUGUCACCAGUCAGUACCCGAGUGAUCUCCAGCAAAGAAGGACUUUGUACCUUGAUAUGCUGCAGAGAUGUCUUCCUCACAAGUCUAGGCAUGAACUGGUUACUUAUGAGAAAGCUUGGGAACAUUACAAUUUCUUUAAGAGUCAACGCAGAGUCUUGAUAUUAAAUUGGACUCAAGCGAGGAAAGCAUUCUUCCUGAAGGCGGUGAUGGCUGUUGCUGAAGCCUCUGCUGCUCGGGAGGCAGAAGCAGAAUCAGCCAGCAACAGACAAAAGCAACAGGAGAUCUGUGCUGAGCUGAAAGCCAAGGUCCUACAAUGGAGAGCACAACAGGAGGAGGCAGCUGAGCUGGAAGCUGCUGUAGCUGCUAGAAGAAAAGAAAAGGAAGAUGAGAAAGAAAGGCUACAGAAAGAACAGGAAAUGAUUCGCAGAGCUCAGGAGAAAGAAAAAGUUAAAAAAUACUUGGCUGAGAAACAGCUUAAGUGGCAAGAACAGGAAGAAAAAGAGCUACAACAUUUGGAGGAAUUAAGGAAAUUAAUGGCUAAACAAGCAAUUAAAGACAGAGAACGGGUGGAGUUCAGACAAGCGCUGCUGGAAAAGCGGAUCCUGGAGAAAAAGGAGGAGGCCCUUCGAGAAGCGUGUGCAGCAGAAGAGAAAGAGAAAUGCCUGGAAGCACUCCGACAAAAGGUUUCCAUUGUAGCAAAACCAGACCCAGCCAGAGUGGUGGCUGAUACUGCAGCAUCUAAAGCACGGAUGGGCGUUGGGUCCACAGAAGAGUUUGUUCUUCAGAAGCCGCUGUUUCAGUUGCAAACAUACAGUGAAGAGCAGGUAAUAGCCUGUCCUUGUACUGCAUGCUUUAUUGUUUGCAGCCAUACUGUGAGAGCAAUAGGUGGUAAUGGCUGUGUAGCUGAAACAGUAACGUUAAUGGCAGAACAUAGAACACAAUGUAUGUAAAACUAAAAUCCUUAGGAGCAAUGGGAGGAGCCAGCUCUGUGCCCAGGAGUCUGCAGUGCUG